AUGUUGCUUGUUUUCUUGAUUAUUAUACUUAUAUUCACCUCACAGUUCGAGUGGAAGCAACCACUUGUGGCUGAAGUUGAGUUGAAUCCCAGUGUAGCUCAAAAGCAGCGUCAUGUUUCUAAUGCUCAAGAAACUGUUAAGGAGAAGAUUAUUUUAGUGCAAGAGAAGAAUAUUCGAAGACUUAAUGAACUUGUGCGGCAUCUUCAGGAACAACUGCAGCAGUGUAAAGGAAGCAAUGGAACUAUAAAUAGCACUGUUGGCCCUCUAACUGAGCGGAUUCUUGAGCUUGAGCGACAACAAAUUUUAGAGGAUUAA